UUGGCUGUCUCCAAAGGUUAAUUUGUUUAUCCACAACAAAGGUUUUUUUUUUUUUUUCCCUCAUAGCUUCCUAUUCCACUGUCAAGCUCAGCCUGUACUCGCUCACUCCCGCCCUCUUUUAUCUCCCUCCCUUUGCCCUGGAUAUCUUCCUCUUUCUGCCUGUCUGUCUCUCUGCUUCACUAUCAUACUCGCUUCUCUGGGGCUACCUUCCUCUCUUGCACCCUCCUGGCCUAAAUUACCUUUUUCUCCCCCUUUUCACUGCAUGCUUAAUUUGUGUAUUACUGCUGAACCCCUGCCCUGCUUCUUUGCUCUUCUAUUAAUGGAAAUGUCCCGAGCAGAAGACUAGACUGCAAUGCUGUUGAAGUGUAACAGCACUGUUGAUCCGCAAACCAGAAAAUCCAGCCACGGAUAAUCGACAGUUGACUGUAUUUGACAAGACAGCUAUAGAAAGUGUCUGUUUCUAUCAGCGGGGAUCUGACGAGCUUCUUUCUUCUGCUUUCGCUAACGGUCCUUCUACCAUGAGCAGUUCUACUCCAUCUACAGCUAACGGCAAUGACAGCAGCAAGAAGUUUAAAGGAGACAGAUCACCCUGCGCUCCCUCCCGUGUUCUUCACAUCCGCAAGAUUCCCAUUGAGGUCACAGAAGCAGAGGUCAUCUCAUUAGGACUCCCCUUCGGCAAAGUCACUAACUUGUUGAUGCUCAAAGGGAAAAAUCAGGCUUUCGUAGAAAUGGCUUCUGAAGACGCAGCUAUCACAAUGGUAAACUACUACACCACUGCCACUCCACACCUUCGCAACCAGCCUGUCUUCAUUCAGUAUUCCAACCACAGAGAACUUAAGACAGACAACCUGCCCAACCAGGCUAGAGCCCAGGUUGCCCUGCAGGCAGUGAAUGCUAUGCAUUCAGGAAACAUGACUCUGGCAGGCUCUGCAUCUGCCAGCGAGGGCCCCUUAAUGCCGGGGCAGAGCCCUGUCCUACGCAUCAUUGUUGAGAACCUCUUCUACCCAGUCUCUCUUGAAGUUCUGCACCAGAUCUUCUCUAAGUUUGGGACAGUUCUCAAGAUCAUAACCUUCACAAAGAAUAACCAGUUCCAGGCCUUGCUACAGUAUGCUGAUCCUAUGAAUGCACAUCACGCCAGACUGGCUUUGGAUGGCCAGAAUAUUUACAAUGCCUGCUGUACUCUGCGGGUCGAAUUCUCCAAGCUGACUAGCCUGAAUGUAAAAUACAACAACGACAAAAGCAGAGACUUUACUCGGCUUGAUCUUCCAUCCGGCGACGGUCAGCCCAUCAUGGACCCCGCCAUGGCCGCUGCUUUUGGUGCACCAGGAAUUAUCUCUUCACCCUAUGCAGGGGCGGCUGGAUUCGCCCCAGCCAUGGGUUUCCCACAGGCUGCAGACAUACCAGACGUUUCGGGGCAUAACUGGCUGGCCCCCUCAUCGGUGUGGUUGUACAGAACAAACUUGGCGACAUCACCCGUUUAUACUGGAGGAUGUCUUCCACACCAUCAGUGUAGAAAGCCAGGAUGCAGCCAUCUAUUAUGUGCUUCAGGUCUCUCAAUGCAGACAGUCCCUGGAGCUCUGGGCCAUCUUACUAUCCCAGCCUCUGCGGUUGCUGGCCGCAUGGCUAUGCACAGCUUGGCCCAUACAGCAAUGCAUUCGGUCCUGCUAGUCUCCAAUCUCAACCCAGAUAGUAUAUCGCCCCAGGGUCUUUUCAUCUUGUUUGGCGUCUAUGGAGAUGUUCACAGAGUAAAGAUCCUGUUUAACAAAAAAGAAAACUCCUUAAUACAGAUGGCAGAUCCAACUCAAGCACAGCUGGCAAUGAGCCACCUCAAUGGACAACGUCUCCAUGGCAAAGUCAUCCGCGUGACCAUCUCCAAGCACCAGAUGGUGCAGCUUCCCCGUGAGGGGCAGGAGGACCAGGGACUGACCAAGGACUUUAGCAACAGCCCACUCCACCGCUUUAAGAAGCCAGGCUCGAAGAACUUCCAGAACAUCUUCCCUCCCUCCGCCACCCUGCAUCUCUCCAACAUUCCACCCUCAAUUACAGAUGAUGACCUGAAAAACCUCUUUGCAAGCACUGGAUGCACAGUGAAAGCUUUUAAAUUCUUCCAGAAAGACCGGAAGAUGGCCUUAAUCCAGCUAGGUUCUGUGGAAGAAGCCAUCCAGGCCCUCAUUGACCUCCACAAUCACGACCUGGGAGAGAACCACCACCUCAGAGUCUCUUUCUCCAAAUCUACAAUCUAACAUCUUACUUUGGAUUUCCUUAUAAGACUGAACCGUUUUUAGAAAAAAAAAAAUAUAUAUAUAAAAAAUAAAUACGUGAAUGAACGAAUUUACAAAUAAAUAAAAAUAGAUAAAACGUUUGUAAAAGAAAGCCUUCAGACAAAGACUGAUGCAUUUAACAACCAGCUCUGCCUCUGAGACGACAAUGAACCCUCGAACGUGUGACGGAUCAAGGCACCAAUAAGAGUGUGUGAUCAGGGGUUGUUCGCCAGGCAAGACUUCGAUGUUCCGUUACAAUUCCUCCUACCCAAAUGACCUUCACCACAAUACUGUUCCGGGUGUGGGCAAGCAGCUUUAAACCCCUGAGCUCAAAUACUGUGCAAAGAGACAGCAUCCUUUUUACUUACAGGUAUCGGUUUCAACGGAAACAAUCUAGAAUGGUUUUUAAAACACGGGACUAACCAGGUUGUAGAAAUCAAACCUGCACAACAUGCUUCUUUUUAAAAUGAAACAACGGAUUCCUAAGCAUAAGGCUGCAGUUAUGAAUGUGUACCUAAAAUAGGUAAUCUGUGAAUUGCAAAUGCUAGAAUGAUGAUUUUAACUCUGAAUGUUGUAUUGUUUUGUAAGAGGGAUUCUAAGCAAAGACGGCUAUUUUUUCCCAUUUUAAAGCACAAAAUGUUUAUUUUCAGUUUGCCUUUUAGAAAAAAAGUCUUACAGAAAACAACCACUCAAAUCCAAGACAAGUUUGAUACGUAUAGCUGGUAGUGAGCAUCCUUUAAAUGUGCUGCCUUCUCUGGUCCAAGGCAUAGAGCUCAAGUUCUUGUGCUCAACCUGCAUGUGAUGUAAUUUGUCAGUCAUUUAUUUUAACAGCCCUUUUCUUACAUAUACACAGUUUAACUACGUUUUUGUUGAAGUAACUUCCCUUUUCAGCUUUCAGAAACAGUUUUAAUAGUGGUAGUUGCACUAAAUUAUUCAAUAUUGCAUUCAGUUCUAUUAUGUUUUGGACGGUAGGAAGAAUUACACUUGUAUAACUGCCUUGCGUUCUUGUAGUACAGCAAGAAUAUUGCCUCAAUCAUUCAACCCUACGGCCUUUAGACCAAAAAUGAUAUUGGCUGUUUUAAAUCUCUCCAACACUGGGGUGGGGGAUGAACAGAGGCAGGCCCGCCCACACCUCUGGCAGAUCAGGAUAAAUCCUCGAGUUGAAAUGAAAAUAGUGGGGGUGUUAAAUGGUAAGCUGAAUGAGUAGACUGCCAUGCUAACAAGUUGGUGGCAAGCUCACUCCAGCCUUAACAUUUCAAGGGUAUUUGUCUGGAUCCUUUUUUUAGCAACAUAAAGGCAGGAUGGUUGUGAACGGAGACCUGUAGCCACAGGUAAUGUUGUGCGGAUUUGAUCCCCAAAAGAAACGCUUGGUAACAGCUGGCAAGGCCAGGGAAGCUGUCUCUUUUUAGACACUGUUUUCUUAAAAUAAAGAAGAAAAAAAACAAAACAAACAAGUUUACAGUCAUAAGGAAAACAAAAAAAAUCAGGUCUAAUAUAUCUUAAGGAUUGUCAGAUUUUUAAAAAGAAGUUACUUAUUUUUGGUAAUUUGUUCUUUUUUAUUUUUAAAAGAAAAACAAAUCUGAAACCUCAUGGGGUUUUUGUACCACUAUAUAAUCAAUCUCAAGAAACCAUGAAAAAUUCAUAUUUACUGUGUAUUUACUUAAUUUCAUAUUACGUGCCUUACUAUGUGCUUAUAAUCAACCAAUAGGUUUAGAGAUUUUACCUAAGAAUAUCUUAAGUACUAUAUUGUGGGAUUGGUGAGAGGGUUGUCGACUUGUUUUUCUUUUCUGGAAUUGUUUUCUUCUGUUGUCAUGUAGUUUUUUAGAUGUGUAUUUUUGGGGGGUUCUAUGCUAAAUGGUCUUAAAUGGAAAUGUUUUUAUUUUUGUUGGUGCUUUGAGUACACAGACAAGCAAACAAAGCAGAAUUCAAAUGUAAGUGUAUUCUGUAGGCUUCAUAUCCCCCUCUGCUGCCAUUAAGGGUGAAAGACAUACCGGAUAUUACCUACCUUAAAACAAUGCCGUUUCAAAGCAUAACACAUUCCAAAAAUGAUGGUUUUCAUGUAGGCUUUUGUGUAUAUUACCACAGUGUCCAAUUGUAAAUUACACUAUAAACUUCAAUGAAGUGCAUAUACAUUUUAAGACCAUUUCAUAAAAGCAUUAUGGCGUUGUAACCAAGAUAACCUCACGCCCAGGAGGCAUCGUAAGGCACAAAAUGUAGCUGUGUUUUUUGCUUUGUUUUUUGUAUUUCUCAUGGCCGGAUACCCCCUGAAGUGCCUUAUUGCUACAAAACACCUAUAUGCACUUCAAUGCAGUUGGUAGUGAAGUCCAUUCCAGGACCUUGAACAGCAAAAGGCAAUGAAUAGACAUGAGUAGCUUUGAGUAUAUGAAGGGCUGUUGUGUUUAUUGAAGUACUUCUACACAAAGUAAAUCUGAGGUAUUCAAUAUUAGAAAUGGACAAGAUUACACUUGUCAGCUUUCAUUCCAUUAGGUAUAAAUUACGUUGGUUCUCCAGUGCAACAUUGUUGGACUCGGUAGGUAUCCUUUCCGCAUCUCCCUCACUUUAAAUGGCAUUCAUCAUAUCUGACGGUUCCCAAUGUCAUCUGUAAUGACAAUCAUUUCCUUCCUGGGUGGCACAUCAUAUAGCAUUUACUGUUUACAACUGUUUACUUCUAGGUUGUCUUUCUUUAAAGGCUACUUAGUGCUGAAAGAGUAAAAUCCAAAAAGAAGAAUAGUGUUAGGACAAACGUGUAUGUUUUAUUGUAUUUCAAACAAUCCCAGAAAUGCCAGUACUAAAGGGAAACUUGAGUUAACAGGAAAACAAAAGUGGUAGUUACUUAAAACAAAAGAAAAAGCUGUAUUCUACAGAUUUUUAAACACCUUUUGUGUUUUUUUUUUUGUUUGUUUUUGGAUUAAAUUGGGGGAAGGUAACUAUUAAUGUUACUGAUUUUAUUUAUACAUUUGAAAUGGUUAGCUGUUUUCCUGCCUGGAAAAAAUGAAUGCAAUGCAAAGUGGCGUGUUGGUGCGUGUUGUACUGAUUGUGUAGUUUAGAAAAGAAAUUGGUUUUGCCAGAUUCCAGUGAUACUACUGUAAUAAAAAACUGGCCAUUUAUCCAGUUACAUAAGUUUUUUUUUUUCUCUUUUGUUUUUUUUCUGAAUAUUAAUAGUAAUUGAUCUAUUUAUUUCCCAGUAGAUUUGGUAAGGCAUUUGUGCUUCAUUAAAUGCUGCUAACUUAAAAUGUUUCAACCCCCAACCCCCCCCCCCCCCCCCCCCGUAUAUAAAAUCUUAUAUACUUUCUCGAGAAGCCUACAGUAUCCACUCCUAUUUCAGUGUCCCUAGACUUCUGCUGUUUCGAGUGAGUCUGUCAAGCUGAAAUGGCCCAUCUGUGUGCCUUGGGUUUGUAAUAUGUUAUUUACUGUAUCUCGUAUGUUAUUCAUUUAAGGGUGUUUGUUGUCUGUUUUGACCUGUAGUGUGAAAAAAAAAAAAAUCCUAUUGUCUUUUGUUUGUGUAAUUGGAUUUUAAGAUUGCUGUCUUUAUCUAAAAAAUGUAACUCUUCUACAUAGGUCCUCUGUGGAGUUUUUCUGGAGCCAGAGAAUCUCUCCCAACAACAGUUUUAUCAAAACCCUGGGAAAGCAAGUUAGACAGGACUCUCUCUUGGGGUGCUCAAGAUUGAAUCUCCCGCAUUUUUUAAUCAUGGACUCUAUUUGCCUUUGUCUUGUUCUGUUCUUAACAGGAGAAACUGCCAGACUUAACAUGAAACAAACAAUGUCCUACUGUUGCUCAAACAACAUAGUCAAGUUGUACACAUUUAUUUAUGGCAAGCUUCUUUAGGACUUUUUGUCACACAAGACACUUCUUUCUCCUGCUUAGUCUUUCCAGUAGGAAGUUUCAGAUCACGUCUUAAACUAAGCUUGGCCUGUUUGGCUGUGAUUAUUUUUUAACAAAAUAUAUCAGAAUAACAUGUUUUAUUUCAGGGUUUUAUAUUGAAAAAGGAAGGAAAAAAAGAAAAACAUAACAGGACCAAAGUUUAUGUGCCUUUCUGUAGUCGUCUUAGUAACUUGUUUCCUCCUUGUUUUCAAGUAGAAACAGUACUAAUGAUUUUAAAGUUAAAGGUUAACCUUUUUUUAAGCAGUCUGUCCCUUGAAAAAUAGCCGUAGCUUAUUUUGCAUUUAAUUGAAUUGGUUCAUGGAAUUUGUGGUUUAUACGACCUGUGCGUCUACCAUCCUCCUAGAAAGCCAAAGUACUUUUUGUACUGUAGCACACAGAUUGAAUUGGAACUCCCAUUUUUUUUACAUGAAGGAUUAUGCAGUUCAAAGCUUCAAAUAUUAAUCUGUCAAUAUUAGUAAAUGAUGAUUGGAAAGGCCCAAUAUGACAGUUAUGAUAAGGUAUUGCUUUUACACAACAUGUAUUCCCCAACCCCCUUUCUCAAUUGGAAUUGGUUAGGCUGCACUCCUGAAUGUACUGGUAAGUGCAGGUCUAUCUUUAGUAAAUUAAUCAUUUUGUGUUGGGGCUAUCUACUGCUUAUGUGAUGCAGUCUUUUUCAUGUAAAUGGCACCUGAUUUUUGACCAUUCAUAUGUUGUUCCAAGCACUGCAAUGUUAUGAACUUGAACUGUUCCCCACUUUUGAUGGUAGAGGCAAAGGGUAUCUAGACAGACACCACUGGCAUUAAACAAAACUUACAAUGACAACAAAAAGUGAAGAUGCCGUCCUCAAUUAUUUCUUUAUUUACUUGGUCUGUUAUUUGAACUGCCUUUUAUUCUGUUUGUAAGAGUGUUCUGCUAAUAAGAGAAAAAAAAAAUGCUGUAAAUAUUUGUAACAACAUUUUUUUUUUUUUUUUUUUACCUGGCAAAAAAAAAAAAAAGUUUUUGGGAACAAGAUGGGGGAAAAUAUGAACUGGUUUUUAUAUUAAAAAUUAAAAGAAAACAUUAAUUGUCUUGUAUAUUUUGAUAAAGCAACAGUACCAGCUUUUAUUUGUAAAGCAGCGUGUGACAUUGAGGGGAGUUAUGUUAUUAAAAGAAAACAAGAAGAUGAAUUAUUAAAGAAACAUAUUUUCUAAUUGUGCAGUGCAUGGCUGAGUGGAGUUUCUGUAUUUUGUAAGAUCCAUUUCUUUACAUUUUUGUAUAUUGCCUAUUAAUAUUAUUACUACUGCUACUUACGCUUUUUGUUCUAUUUAUUUUUUUGCUUUUUUUUUCCCUAAUCAACUUUAAUUGUAGCAUGCCUUGAAUAAAUGUCAUUACAUCUGUACUUUCUUCAGUU